AACACACACACACACACUCACACACACAACACAACACAACACAAGUCGCCGCUGCAGCGAAUGGAGGCGAACGGGUGGGAGAGACAUCGCCAAGGAAUUGUUUUGUUAUCGAAAUCUCUUUCCAAUGCUACCGGGAAACUGACACAACAUUUCUUCAGAGACAGUCGAGGAUGGGAUGCACACUAAGCACGGAGGACAAGGCGGCGGUGGAGCGCAGUAAAAUGAUCGACAGGAAUCUGCGGGACGACGGGGAGAAGGCAGCCAGGGAGGUCAAGCUGCUGCUUCUCGGUGCUGGUGAGUCAGGGAAGAGUACAAUUGUGAAGCAGAUGAAGAUCAUUCAUGAGGCAGGCUACUCAGAGGAGGAGUGCAAGCAGUACAAGGCUGUGGUCUACAGCAACACUAUCCAGUCCAUCAUUGCCAUCAUCAGAGCCAUGGGGCGCCUUAAGAUUGACUUCGGUGAUGCUGCAAGAGCUGACGACGCACGGCAGCUGUUCGUGCUGGCGGGUUCAGCAGAGGAAGGCUUCAUGACGGCAGAGCUGGCCGGGGUCAUUAAGCGUCUGUGGAAGGACGGGGGUGUUCAGGCCUGCUUCAGCCGCUCCCGGGAAUACCAGCUCAACGACUCGGCAGCAUACUACUUGAACGAUUUGGACAGGAUAUCCCAGGCAACCUACAUUCCAACUCAGCAGGAUGUUCUCAGAACCCGAGUCAAGACCACAGGCAUCGUGGAGACACACUUCACGUUCAAGGACCUGCACUUCAAGAUGUUUGAUGUUGGAGGUCAGCGGUCUGAGAGGAAGAAAUGGAUCCACUGCUUUGAGGGCGUCACCGCCAUUAUCUUCUGUGUGGCCCUCAGCGACUAUGACCUGGUGCUGGCUGAGGACGAGGAGAUGAACCGAAUGCAUGAGAGCAUGAAGCUGUUUGACAGCAUCUGCAACAACAAGUGGUUCACAGACACCUCCAUCAUCCUCUUCCUCAACAAGAAGGACCUGUUUGAAGAAAAGAUCAAGAAGAGCCCUCUCACCAUCUGCUACCCAGAAUAUGCUGGCUCGAACACGUAUGAGGAAGCGGCUGCCUACAUUCAGUGUCAGUUUGAGGAUCUGAACAAGAGGAAGGACACCAAGGAAAUUUACACCCACUUCACCUGCGCCACAGACACCAAGAAUGUGCAGUUUGUCUUCGAUGCUGUCACUGAUGUCAUCAUCAAGAACAACCUGAAGGACUGUGGUCUCUUCUAAAGAUAACGAUGACGACGACAACUGUUUUCUUGGCAGCGGAGCCAGCAUAUUGCGCAUCUUUGUGGGGAAGAUGAGAGGAGUCUGGAAGAUCAGUCACGGACCAGUGCUGUACUAUAUGCCACUUUUAACAGCUUUAUUUAUGUUUUUGUCUUGGAACAUUUUGAACUAGCGUUAUGACAUUUGUGUAGGAUGUUUGUAUAAUUGUAAAAGCAUCACUGCGGUUUUUCACACAUUUUGUUUCUUCCUUUUUUUAUUUUGAGGAGACAAAGGAGAUCGUAUUUUUUUGCUGUUCCAUUUGCCGCUGUCUCUGGAAAAGGAAACUUUGCUGUUGGUGGAAAUACUUCUUUUCCCUCUUUCCCUACAACAAGAGGGUAAAGGUGUAGCCUUUGAGUCCAGUUUGUUGGUACUUGUGCCUUCGCAUGCCUUUUACUGCGGUCGUAGUCCAAAUGCUUGUUCUUUUGCCUGCUGAAUUGUUCCAAACAUAAAAAAAGAGGUUGA